AUGGGACUCUUUAGGUGCAAUUAAAACCUUAAUGGGCCUUUCGAUCCAACAAACCCCCCCAACAAGAAAACCCUAGGUUUAUAUAAAAAGUUUUCUUGACCUAUUUCGUUCACGACGCCGAAACCCCAAGUGUUUUCUUACUCACAUUCGCUGCAAUGACGAAGGGAACGGGAAGUUUCGGAAAGAGGAGGAACAAGAGUCACACGCUCUGUGUGAGAUGUGGCCGUCGCAGUUUCCACAUCCAGAAGAGCCGUUGCUCCGCUUGUGCUUACCCCGCCGCUCGCAAGAGGACGUACAACUGGAGUGUGAAGGCGAUCCGUAGAAAGACUACAGGAACUGGAAGGAUGAGGUAUCUUCGCAAUGUGCCUCGCAGGUUCAAGACCGGUUUCAGAGAAGGUACCGAAGCCAAGCCAAGGAACAAGGCAGCUGCUUCAUCAGCUUAAACCCGUGUGUAUUGAUUAAAACUUAGUUUUUGGGCCUCUGAGUUUGUUCGCAAGACUACUUUUUUCUUUUUUUUUUGAGCAUCUGAUUACUACUUUCCUUUGGUAUCUUCGUUACUCCCUUUUUAAUAUAAAAUUUUGGACUUGGAUGAGAUU